AUGCCUUACAACUACCGGGACUCCAGCCCACAGGCUCCCCCUGUGCCCCAGAACGCCCGUGCCACACACUCCACCGGGCAGAGCUACAAGGAACUGAAGACUGAAUGCCAGCAGAAGGGGGCACUCUUCGAGGAUUGCGACUUCCCAGCCAACAACGCUUCCCUUUUCUUCAGCGAGAAGCCGCCUAUCCCCUUUGUGUGGAAAAGACCCGGGGAAAUCGUUAAAGACCCGCAGUUUAUUCUUGGAGGCGCCACAAGAACUGAUAUAUGUCAAGGGGAUCUUGGUGACUGUUGGCUAUUAGCAGCUAUUGCAUCUCUUACUCUCAAUGAAACCACAUUAGCCAGAGUAGUGCCACAGGAUCAGGAUUUCGGGCCAGGCUACGCUGGAAUAUUUCAUUUUCAGUUUUGGCAGCACAAUGAGUGGCUGGAUAUUGUCAUUGAUGACCGACUGCCCACUUUCAAAGACCGUCUGGUUUUUCUGCACUCGGCUGACCACAAUGAAUUCUGGAGCGCAUUAUUGGAAAAAGCCUAUGCCAAGCUGAAUGGAAGUUAUGAAGCACUGAAAGGUGGAAGUGCAAUCGAAGCCAUGGAAGAUUUCACAGGCGGCGUUGGAGAGAUGUAUGAAGUUAAAAAGGCUCCAGAAAACUUCUAUGAAAUCCUAGAGAAAGCUCUUAAAAGAGGUUCAAUGGUGGGCUGUUCAAUUGAUACCGCCAGUGCAGCUGAGUCAGAAGCUCGAACUCCAUAUGGGCUUAUAAAGGGUCACGCCUAUUCCAUAACUGGCAUUGAUGAGGUCAACUACCAAGGCCGGAAAGUGAAGCUCAUUCGAGUUAGGAAUCCAUGGGGUCAAGUGGAGUGGAAUGGUGCUUGGAGUGACAAUUCCCCUGAAUGGCGUUCUAUCAGCCCAUCUGAGAAGAAGCGUUUGUAUCAGACUGCACUAGAUGAUGGAGAGUUCUGGAUGAAGUUUGAGGAUUUCCAGUCUCAUUUUGACAAGGUUGAGAUCUGCAACCUCACACCUGAUGCCCUGGAGGAGAAUGCUACUCAUAAAUGGGAGGUGACAAUCCACCAAGGCAGCUGGGUCAGGGGCGCCACUGCUGGAGGCUGCAGAAACUUCAUCGAAACGUUUUGGACAAAUCCACAGAUCAAGCUCCAACUGUCUGAAAAAGAUGAUGGUCAAAACGAAUGCACAUUUAUAGCAGCUCUGAUGCAAAAAGACCGCCGUAAACUCAAGAAACUGGGAGCAGAAAUGCUGACCAUCGGAUAUGCUAUCUAUGAGAGCCCCAGUAAAGAUGAACACUUGACAAAGGAUUUUUUCCGCUACCAUGCAUCCAAGGCCAGGAGCAAGACCUAUAUAAACUUAAGGGAAGUCUCGGACCGAUUCUCACUACCACCUGGAGAUUACAUUGUUGUCCCUACCACAUUUGAGCCACAUCAGGAGGCCGAUUUCUGCCUGAGAAUUUUUUCUGAGAAAAAAGCUGUCACUAAGGAGCUGGAUGGAAAUGUCGACAUUGAUCUGCCACAGCUGCCAGAACCAACACCACCCCAACAAGAAACAGAAGAAGAAAAGCAGUUCCGGGCAUUGUUCAAACAGAUUGCAGGACAGGACAUGGAGAUCAAUGCAGAGGAACUCGAAUAUAUUCUGAAUGCUGUAUUGAAAAAAACAAACAACAUCAAAUUCAGGAAAAUAACUCUUCUCUCAUGCAGAAAUAUCAUUUCCCUUAUGGAUUCCAGUGGAAAUGGAAAACUGGAAUUCAACGAGUUCAAAAUUUUCUGGGACAAACUGAAGAAAUGGAUUGGUGUCUACCUUCAUUUUGAUUCUGAUCAGUCUGGCACCAUGUCUUCCUAUGAACUCCGUCUUGCUUUGAAAGCAGCAGGGUUUCAGCUCAACAACUACCUGCUCCAGUUGAUUGUGCUUAGAUAUUCCGAUGAUAAGUACCAGAUAGAAUUUGAUGACUUCUUAAACUGCCUCAUUCGCCUAGAAAAUGCAAGCAGAGUGUUCCAAGCAUUAAGUGUGAAAAACAGGGACUUCAUUAACCUGAAUAUCAGUGAGUUUAUAAACUUGGCCAUGAACAUCUGAAGACAUCCAACCUGGUUUUCAGCCAGCCCACAAUGUGCCUCUCAAAUCAAGCUUGAAGUCUUUCCCAAAGUCACUGAAAAUGACAUGGAAUUCUUUUUUUUAUUCACCCUCAUACCAACACUAUAAAGAAUGUGUUUUUUAAAACCCCAAAUAUUUGGGUUGGAUCUGGAAUCUGUAUUCCAUUAGAGGAAGGGCUUUGCUUGCAGAAGAUCCUU